UUCUUUAUAUCUUUAUUAUGUCUGGACGCGGCAAGCAAGGCGGCAAAGCUCGCGCCAAGGCCAAGACCCGCUCCUCCCGGGCCGGCCUGCAGUUCCCCGUGGGCCGCGUGCACCGCCUCCUCCGCAAGGGCAACUACGCGGAGCGGGUGGGCGCCGGCGCCCCGGUGUACCUGGCGGCCGUGCUGGAGUACCUGACGGCCGAGAUCCUGGAGCUGGCUGGCAACGCGGCCCGCGACAACAAGAAGACGCGCAUCAUCCCGCGCCACCUGCAGCUGGCCAUCCGCAACGACGAGGAGCUCAACAAGCUGCUGGGUCGCGUGACGAUCGCGCAGGGCGGCGUCCUGCCCAACAUCCAGGCGGUGCUGCUGCCCAAGAAGACUGAGAGCCACCACAAGGCCAAGGGGAAAUGAUUUGAUAACCAUCAGAACUUUCAAAAAUUUUACACCCAAAGGCUCUUUUCAGAGCCCCCA